AUGAAGGAAUCAUUCAAAGUGUGUUUCUGUUGUGUAAGAAGCUUCAAGGUGAAAUCCAGUGAGCCACCUGAAGAAAUCAAGACACUCUUCCACCAAUACUCCCAAAACGACAGGAUGUCCGCUGACGAGUUGCUCAGAUUCGUGAUCGAGGUUCAAGGAGAAAAGCACGCAGAUUCAAACUACGUGAAGGAUAUCUUCCACAGGCUCAAACAUCACGGCGUUUUCCACCCUCGUGGACUCCAUCUUGAAGGAUUCUACCGUUAUCUCCUCAGUGAUUUCAACUCUCCAUUGCCUGUGACUCGCGAGGUUUGGCAAGAUAUGAAUCAGCCUUUAUCGCAUUACUUCUUGUACACGGGACAUAACUCUUACUUAACCGGAAAUCAGCUCAACAGUAGAAGCAGCAUCGAACCGAUUGUGAAGGCUCUGAGGAGAGGUGUUCGUGUCAUCGAGCUUGAUCUAUGGCCUAACUCUUCCGGAAACGAAGCUGAAGUUCGUCACGGCGGGACAUUAACAAGUACCGAAGAUCUACAGAAAUGUCUUGACGCGGUUAAGGAGAACGCAUUUCAGGUGUCUGAUUAUCCUGUUGUGCUUACUUUAGAAGACCAUUUGACUCCAAAUCUUCAGAAGAAAGUUGCUAUGAUGGUGAGUAAGACUUUUGGAGAAACUUUGUUUCGAUGUACGGAAGAACACACAGAGUGUUUUCCUUCACCGGAAGCACUCAAGAACAAGAUUUUGAUCUCAACAAAGCCACCAAAAGAGUAUCUUCAGACCCAAGUCUCACAAGGUUCAACAACAGAUGAAUCUGUUAAAGCUAAAAAAGCAGCAGAUGCAGAAGAACAGAUUCAAGAUGAAGAUGAGGAGACUGUAGCGAUCGAAUAUAGAGACUUGAUCUCGAUUCACGCUGGGAACCGCAAAGGAGGAUUGAAGAACUGCUUGAAUGGAGAUCCUAACCGAGUCAUACGGUUGAGCAUGAGCGAGCAGUGGCUUGAGACUCUGGCGAAAACUCGUGGAUCCGAUUUAGUAAAGUUCACGCAGAGGAAUAUUUUGAGGAUAUUUCCAAAGACUACACGGUUUGACUCAUCUAACUAUGAUCCUCUCGUUGGUUGGAUCCAUGGUGCUCAAAUGGUUGCCUUUAAUAUGCAAAGCCAUGGGAAGCAUUUGUGGAUGAUGCAAGGAAUGUUCAAAGGCAAUGGUGGAUGCGGCUAUGUGAAAAAGCCUGAUGUUUUACUCUCCAGUGAAAGUUUUGACCCUUGCAGUAAAAAUCUCCAGAUCAAGACAACUCUUAAGGUCAAGAUCUACACUGGAGAAGGAUGGAAUAUGGAUUUUCCUCUAGAUCACUUUGAUCGAUACUCUCCUCCAGAUUUCUACGCAAAGGUCGGAAUCGCAGGGAUUCCUUUGGACACAGCAAGUUACAGAACGGAAACAGAUACAGACGAAUGGUUUCCUGUAUGGGACAAAGAAUUCGAGUUUCCGUUGCGUGUUCCUGAACUAGCGCUUCUUUAUAUCACAGUCAAAGACUACGACAGUAACACUCAGAACGAUUUUGCUGGCCAAACAUGUCUUCCAUUGUCGGAGAUUAGGCCCGGUGUUCGUGCCGCCCGGCUCCAUGAUCGUGCUGGAGAGGUUUAUAAGCACGUGAGACUGCUCGUGCGGUUUGUAUUAGAGUCACGUUAG